CAAUGUAACAGUACACUAAUAGAUCGGGCGCGGGCAUCUCGGCUGUUACAGUGGCUUUAAUAAGUGUGAUGUUGAUGGGAUAAGAUGAAUAUAUUAAUUGUUUUGUGCUGUGUGAUGCCGUGUGUGCUGUCGGCGAAGUAUAAGUACAGUUUGCCGUCCUGGAAGAAAGAGGCAUGCACCUUACCAGCCCUGAAGAAUGAGAACAGCCACUAUAUCUGCAAUGAUAAGGGCGAGCCCAAGUGUUUGCCGGGCUGGCAGGGCGACUUAUGCGACCAGCCUAUAUGCAGGAAAGGAUGCGAUCCGAUGACAGGUUACUGCAACGAACCUGGCGAAUGCAAGUGUAAGAUGGGAUACGACGGUCCGAAGUGCAAUAAGUGUAUCACGCUGCCCGGCUGCGUGCACGGGACCUGCAACACGCCCUUCCAGUGCGUCUGCAAACAAGGCUGGGACGGACUCUUCUGUUCUGAACCAAUUUGUCGAGCGGACUGUCCCAGCACACGAGGGUACUGCCAGGCUCCAGGGGAAUGUCGCUGCAGGUUCGGGUGGACAGGACCCACGUGCAGGGAGUGCAUGCCUUUACCAGGAUGCCAGAAUGGGUACUGCGAUAGACCUCUGGAGUGCAACUGCUUGCCUGGAUAUGUGGGGUUACUUUGUACUACACCCGUCUGCGCACCUGGCUGUCACACCGAGCGAGGAUACUGCCGGUCUCCCGGCGAAUGCCGUUGCAAGGUUGGGUGGAAGGGAGCUAAUUGUACCGAGUGUCAUAGUUACCCUGGAUGUGUUCAUGGAUCCUGCAACCAGCCCUGGGAGUGCAACUGUGAGCCUGGAUGGGGAGGCAUGCUUUGUGACGAAGAACUCAACUACUGUGAAAAGAAUCCUGGCACUUGUAAAAAUGGCGGCGAAUGCAAAUCUCUGGAAGCUAAACAGGGUAAUUUCAAAUGCGCCUGUCCACCUGGCAUUACGGGAAAGAACUGUGAAAUAGUUCCUGAAGUCCCUACUACGACUGUGGAACCUUGUCCUGAGGGAACAAGUGGUAAAAACUGUGAGAAUCUUGUCGACAGUACAACGCUGGAGUCUGAUAUCCCUUCAACAACUGCGAAAGAUGAGGAAACAGACAGCUCGGUAGCAACAUCUUCUGAAGUAACUAAUACAGAUGAACCUGCGAAAGAGGUCAACUUUUGCGAGAAGAAUAAAAAUGCGUGCAAGAACGGCGGCAAAUGUAUGGCUGCGGAUACAGCCGAAGGAUAUAAGUGCCAAUGUCCCUUAGGUUUCACUGGCAAAAAAUGUGAAGCCACAGAAAACUCGACCUUAACUGUAGAAUUAAACACAGUAGCUUUAGGCGCUGAGGGUGCAAAAAUUAGAAAACCAGUAACACUAGGCCUUUCCAAGAGAAUUGCUGGUCACAAAGAUCGACAUUCUGAUAGUUUCUUCAACUAUUUCAGAAGAAGGUUUAUAUUUCCCAUAUCCAAGUAGAUUGUAGUCUCUAAUUAGUUAUGUAAGCAGAGGAGGCUUAUCAUUUAAGUGUAUUAAAAUCAUUUUGCAUUUGGCACAGACUCAUAUCAUAAAAUCACCAGGAAUAGCAUCCAUUUUCAUAUAUUUUAAUUAUAGAGUCAUUCUUACAUUCAGAUUAGUCAUUACACUUUUGUUCAGCUUCAUUUCUUUCCAUAUUUAUUAUGACGUAUCUCAUUUCAUAAUACGCGUGUAUGCAAACACGAAAUAAUUCAUCCAUUCAUUAAUUCCAUAAGAAUUUACUUCAUUCAUUUUCAACUAUUUAUUAAGUAAGUAUGUGUCAUCAAUUUUUACUUCACUCCACAAGAAAGAUCAUUUAGUGUAGUCAGUAAUGCAUAAUUUAUCUAGACUGAAUUUAUUUUAUGUGCAUCAAAAUUUACGAAAGCGUUUGUGUGUUUAUUUUCAUUUUUUAAACCAGAGGUACAUUUUUUAUUAGUUAAAAUUAUGUAAACUGUUUAGUUAGCGUCCAAUGUGGCGGUUAUUUGGUUUAGUGGAGAUAUAGGAUUAUCUCCCUAUUCUUGAACUCAAUGUUGGGAACCUCUGGUUUAAACUUAUGUACGAAUGUCCGCGUAUUUAUAUUUCCCGUGUGUGAAUAUUUGUAAUGUGUAAAUAUAGGAACCAUAUAUUUUAAUAAAGCAAUUCUAUUAUCAUC